UUUCCUGAGCUGGAGGCCACACUGUUGUGGAACAUCUCAGAGAUGCAGCUAUCACUGACUCAAGCAUGCACCUGGAAGGGUCUGUUGCUGUUGGUGUCAUGCAUGAUCCUGUGGAUAUCUGUGACUCCCACACCAUAUGACCAGAUGUCCAAUGAGGAGCUGUAUGACAAUCUGCUUUCCUGUUCUCAUCGAACCCAUGUAGUUGCCCGAAAAAUGUAUAAAAUUUUAGACUUAAAUGUAGCUGAGAGAAGAUGUUUUAAGAAUAAAAGAAACAACACCUGCCACACCACUUCUACCCACACUGCAAAAACAAAUGAAGAUCUUCUGAAAGUCAUCAUCAGUGUUUCGAAUGCAUGGAUACAUCCACUGAAAAUGCUCAUACCUGCAGUGUUGACUCAUUUGGGCUCCUAUGAUGGUAUGAUGGCAAGAGCCAUAGAGCUUAACUAUGGAAAUAAAAAAAUUCUGGAGGGAGCAAAAUUUUUACUCAGCAGGAUUCAGCCUGGAAUUGAAGAAAAUGACUAUCCUGUCUGGUCAAACUUAAAAGAAUUGAGGUCUUCCAAUAAAAGCAUUCACCUUUUUGCAUUUUGUAAAUUCUUCUACUGCUUGCGCAAAGAUACAAAGAAGAUUAAGGGUUAUCUCCAGAUCCUGAGGCCUAACAUUAUUAAAAACAAGUGGUAAAGUGUGAAGUGCAUAUCAGUGAUAUCUGAUACUAAGAUGGCCUGUGAUGAAUGAACCACAAUAUACUGCUUUUAAUAUUUUUAUCUCUUACUUUUUUAUAAAAUAAAAUCUGAUUGCUUAAAAAUAUCA